AUGGCUAGCCGUUCCGACCGUUGGGACCGUGAGCGAUUUCAAUAUGAGCGCGAUCGCGACCGCUACGGCCCCGACGAGCGCGAACGCUUCCGCUUCGAGGACGAUGAACGUGAGCGCUUCCAGCGCCGCCCCUCCCCACCCCGGUAUCGGGAGGACUUUGGUCGCCGUCCACCUGUCUACGACGACGACCGUAUUCGUGACCGCCGCUUCUAUGAUGGCGACGAGGUCCGCUUUGAGCGCCGCCGCUACUCCCCGCCCACACGCCACCUUGACCGGGAGGAUUUUGACAGGCACGUAGUCAUCGAGAAGGGCCGCCGUCCUACCAUGGUCAGGCGACAGUCGAGCCUGGACACGUUUGAUCGGUUCCCGAGGGGCUAUCACGAGCGGGAAGAGUACGGUCCACCUGCGAGACGGGAGGACUACCGCCCGCAGCCUUACAUGCCCAUCCCGCUGCCUAGGACCCGGGCCCUGCCACCGCCGCGACGCUACGACUACUACGAUGAAAUCAAGGUCUCGGACCCGGAUUACUAUGGGGACGAGGAGUACCGGAACUACCCAGAGCGGAUGCAGGAGCGAGAGGUGGUCCGCAUGAGAAGGCGCGAGCGAAGCCGGGAACGGUCCCGGGCCAGGAGCCGACGAAGCAGCUCACGGUCAUCAAGCACAAGCAGCAGCAGCAGCGGUACCUCCGUCACCACAACGAAGACAGUAACCACGGUUAAGAGCGAGUACCCCAAGAAGGGAAAGACAAGAAUCCCGUCAAGACUGGUAUCCAAGAGGGCCAUUAUUGACUUGGGUUAUCCCUUUGAGGAAGAGAUGAAUCAGGGCAAUACUAUCAUCAUCCAACGAGCCCUUGGCCAGGAGAACAUCGAUGACCUGCUCAAGCUCAGCGAGGACUACAAGAAGAGCGAGCUCGAAGUUGCAUCAGCCCGCUCCGAGCACGGCGAGGUUAUCGAGGAGACGGUCACAAAGGAAGAAGUCGUAGUGGCUCCCCCUCCUCCACCCCCACCACCUGCACCUGAGCCAGUCAUUGUAGAUGCCCCACCACCUCCUGCACCUCCACCGCCCGUUGAGGCCCCGCCACCUGUUAUCAACACCACCACAACCAUGGUAGCUGUACGCGACGUUUCACCCUCGCGCAUGACGACGUCGUCAUACAGCACAUGCACAUCAGACAGCAGCUACAGCACGCACACAACGCGCGUUCCCGUCAUCGUCGACGCUGGCCCACGCGAACUGGUUCGGCACCGGCGCCAUAGGUCGGCCAGUCGGGGUGAUCUCGUGCGCGCCGAGAGGUUGAGCGACGGCCAACUCGUCAUUUAUGAAGAGCGCGUCGAGAAGAUUGAGGAGCCAAGGCGUGGUGUCAGGAUCGAGAAGGACAAGAAAGGACCGCCUCCCAAGCUCCUCAGGGCCAUGCUCGCCACGCUCACUUAA